UCCGGAUCCCGCAUCAUGUAGAGUGGAAGACGGUCCUCCAGAGAAGCCUUGUCUAACGUGGGUACACUGUGAUGCCGUGUGGCUUGUGCCAUUCUCCAACCGCAUUCCAGCACUGGAAGAAUAACAUCUUGCCAACCUACUGCAGUGAUGAUAUAGUUUCCCACAAUAUAAUGUUUCUUGGGCUCCUUUCCAGUAAAUGAGAGUUGCCUAAUACUGGACAGAUUCUGGAGUGGGAAUCCUCUUAAGUAAGCAUCUUUUGGAGGAAGCAUGGGUAUGGAGGCAGCUGGGGAUGCAGAGCCCGGGGCUGGCGCCGCUGCCUAGGGCACCCCAUGGGCUCCGUGGGGGCACAGCCCAGUGCUGCACAGAUGGCCGUCCUUCCGCUGCCCGCGCUUGCCCUCGUGAUCCUCCUCUUUGUGUCCGCCACUCUCAGGUGCCAGGAGCAGGCCCAGACCACCUACUGGUGGGCCACCCUGAAGACCAUCCAGAACGGCGUUCACAAGAUAGACAUGUACCUGAACGCUGCCUUGGACCUUCUGGGAGGUGAGGAUGGGCUCUGCCAGUACAAGUGCAAUGAGGGGUCUAAGCCUUUCCCGGGUUACGGUUAUAACCCCUCCCUGCCGAAUGGAUGUGGCUCUCCACUGUUUGGUGUUCACCUUAAUAUUGGCAUUCCUUCCCUGACAAAGUGCUGUAACCAACAUGGCAGGUGCUAUGAGACCCGCAGCAAAAGCAAGAACGACUGCAAUGAGGAAUUCCAGCCUUGCCUCUCUAAGAUCCUCCGGGAUGUGCAGAAGACACUAGGACUGGCUCAGCACGUUCAGGCCUGUGAAACCACAGCAGAGCUCUUGUUCAACAGUGUUAUGCAUUUAGGCUGUAAACCUUAUCUGGACAGCCAACGAGCUACACGUAGGUGUUGCUGCAAAGAAAAAAGUGAUCUUUAAAGAAUAUGCUGACAGUUGAU